AUGGAGGGCAGUUCUAUACUCCAUUCUUUCACUAACAUUUAUUUUGCCAUUUUUGCUUUGUUUUGCUUCAAGCUUUUAAUUAAGAUUUCCUUGGCUUUGCUGACCCAUUUCUAUAUUGUUAAAGGCAACAGAAAAGAAGCUGCCAGGAUAGCAGAAGAGAUCUAUGGAAUAGUCCCAGGCAGCUGGGCAGACCGAUCCCCUCUUCAUGAUGCUGCCUUCCAGGGACGCCUUCUCUCCCUGAAAACCUUGAUUGCACAGGGUUUCAACGUGAACCUGGUGACGACAGACCGUGUGUCAGCUCUCCACGAGGCCUGCCUGGGCGGCCACGUCGCCUGCGCCAAGCUGCUGCUGGAGAACGGUGCCCAGGUCAAUGCAGCCACCAUUGACGGCAUCACCCCUCUGUUCAACGCCUGCUGCAGCGGCAGUGCAGCCUGUGUCAACAUGCUGCUGGAAUUUGGAGCCAAGGCACAGCUGGGGACCCACCUGCCUUCGCCCAUCCAUGAAGCAGUCAAGAGAGGUCACAGGGACUGCAUGGAGACCCUUCUGGCCCAUGAGGUUGACAUUGACCAAGAAGACCCUCAGCAUGGGACCCCUCUCUACAUGGCCUGCUCAUACCAGAGGACAGAAUGUGUCAAAAAGCUUUUGGAGCUAGGAGCCAAUGUGAACGUGGGGAAGAGAUUAGAUACCCCCCUGCAUGUGGCAGCGAGGAAAUCCAGUGUAGAGAUAGUUGUCUUGCUGACAGACUAUGGUGCUAACCCAAAAUGCAGAAAUGCUGACCUCAAAUGUGCCCUGGAUCUUGCCACGCCCCACAGCAAAGUGGAGCAGGUUCUUCUGCUUCGGGAAGGUCCUGCCAGCCUUGCCCAGCUGUGCCGGUUGUGUAUCAGAAGGCGUCUGGGUCGGUCGUGCCUAUACACAGUCCACAGGCUGCACCUGCCUGAGCCACUCGAGAACUUCCUCCUUUAUCGAUAAGCCAGUGACUGUCUUUAGACUGGGAAAGAAAGAGGAACAAAUGGUUGUUUACUCCAAGAUUACUAUAUCAAAGAAAAAAAUUCAAAGGCAUCAUUCACUGUCUUCUGUGGCUGCCAAGCUGUGUGAUGGUAAAAAUUGAAAACAUCUUUUCACAGGCAGUAAAUGGUAUUAUGGAUACAGUUUCCUCACAAUCUAUUACCACAUCAACUUGCACCAGCCUGAGAAGUUCUACUAUGUAAACAGCUCACUUGGCAUGUGUUUGUAAAUGCAUAUGCACACGUCCACUUACGCACAUACACACUGAGAUUUUCCCUGCAUUUAGGGCUAUAUUUAUUUGUACAAUAUCUGUGCAGCUUCUUCCCUUUGUCUGUCCAAUCUCAGUGUCAAAAUCAAGGCAGUGGAUGUUUUUCUUCCAUUAAUAUGUGAAAAUGAAAGCUUUCAGUCACAAACAUCAGACGUAUACAACAUAAUGAACAUAUUUUAUCAGCUUUGAUUUUGCAUCCUUUCAUCUUCUUCCUAUUGUCUACUGCAGCCCAAUCAAUUUCCAGUGGUCUCUGGCUGUUUAGCCACUGUAUAUACCUGAGCACAGCUAUCCCCAGUGCUAACACACCUUGUCCUUGGAGGCACAAGUGAUGUUAUGAAAGCAAGUGCAUGGGUUUCAAGCAAACCCACAAAAAUGUGUGAAAGCCUUAAAAAACCCUUUCAUCUCUUCUAGGAAAAAAAUCCCUCCAAAGCUAUAUCACCUGAGAUCUGCCUGUAUUCAUUACAUGAAUAUUUCUUCACAGCUUAAUUCCAUGACAGAACUUUUCACAUGUUUUUAUAGGCACAGUAAGUGAUAUUUCAAUGUCCAUCCUUUGCAAGGUUUAAAGAAAAGCAAAGGAAGGAGUACUCCUUUUUUCAGCUUUGCAUGCCUGUCAUUUCUCAAGGUGAGUCCUUGGACUGUGGAGCUGGAGAGAAGCAGGGCCACUAAAGAUGAUUGUGCAUCACCCAAAUGUUGAGCUUUUGGGACUGGAUUGUUAAUGGAUAAAUGUUGGAUUUUCCUCACCAGGAGUGGUUUGCAGGCUUGUCUGCUCCCUCACCCCCCAUUCUGGAGGCUUUGAUUACCUCCCUAGAAGAAAGGAUUUUUAGAGUGUUAUAAUUGUCCAUUGUGGUAUUAGUUUAAAUAAUGUGAGGAUUAGCAGUUUGGAAACGGUGGGGCUGAAAGCUUGCACCUCUUUGAAUUGAGAAAUGUGGUAUUCAGUGACACUUGCAGUGCCUGUCUGACUUUGAAAACAUUUGUUUAUUUUUCCUGGGGAGGUUCUUCUGGAGGAUGAAGCAUUUCUUCAGAGCCAAGUUUUGGUAAACUUCUGCCAUGAGACAGGCAAUGGUGUUUCACUAAUUGUAGUACAAUACAAGUAAUCAUUUCCCAUUGUAGUACAAUGGGAAGCAGAAUUAAAAGGAGGCUGUCUCCAUUUCACUGAACUUCACAGGUCCAUGAGGCUGCUGACACAUUUUCAGGCUGUGAAAUGUAGUGGUUUCUUUAUGAGCUAGGCACACUGGUACCAAUUUUCACUGCCCAUACAUCUUAAGUCAGAGAGAAUUGGCCUCCUGGAGUCUGGAUACAGGACUGGCUUCCAACAGUAUUCAGGCUCCUGCCCCUGCUCCAGCAGCAGCAAUCUCUGGUUCAAUGCUAAUCCCUUAAUGUCACCAUGACAGUUUCUCUGAGACAAAGGUCUAAUGUUUCCCAUACUUCUUUAUGAUUAAUUCAGCACAAGUAAGAUAAAUUGAGCUCUCAGCAGCUCAUGAGACUGGAACCUUCAACAUUACAGCCAAAAAUGGAUGAGGUUUUCAGCCUGUGUUUGCACAUAUUGAGUGUUAUCUGAUGGCAAGAGCUAUUGCCCAUAAAGUUGUCAGUGACAUCAAUGACCUUGUAUGGUAUAAUACAUCAUGAACCUCAGGUAUUUGAACACUAAAUUCUCAAAAGCCUUUGAAAAUAAAAUACUAUCAAGAAAGAUAUGUCUAUAUUAAUCUGAUGUCAGCAGAUCUCUCUCAGUUCUAUCUUUACUGCAAACUCACCUGCUCUGCUAAUAAGGUAGCAGUGAGAAUACCAACUGCUCUCUAAAUAGGGAGACAGAGGCUCAGCUGUGUGAGUUGCCAGACUUGCACUGCAAUCAAGGGACUAAGGCAAUUUAUGAGAUCUAUUUCAGAAUCUGUAAUGCUGAAUUGAUUUCCUUCUGCGAUCAUCAAUGAGAGCAGUAUUUCACUUGCAUAGGAUUUAAAACUGAAAAAAUGUAUCUCCAUUAAGAAAAUGCAGUCUAUUCAGCCUCUCAGAAAAGUUUUAUCUCAAGAAGCAAGAGAAGGUGCCCUAUAUUUUAUCCUGAUGUUAGCUUCCCAUAAAAAAAUCACCUUACCUUUCCUUCUUCCUGGAGACAGCAUUCUUUCUGAAAUUCUGUAUAUCAGAGAGUCUGACAGCCUUAAUAAAUCAGGAGAGAAGUUCAGGAGUCCUGAGACUAAGAAAUCUCAUUACAGACUUUACCUAGACUUUCUUCCUCUUAUCUCAAAAUAUGUAGUUACCCAUUUAAUUCUCAUUGACUGUGCUUUGUGUCAUAACGUUGCAUGGAAAUACUGAGGAAAUGGCUGGAGGAGGUAUUUAAUUUUUGUUUUCAAAAAUUCCAUCUCAUGUGAGGAUAAGGAAAGGCUGGGACAAUUUUCUAUGAGGCUAUUGAGUCUUGGUGAUUUUUCAAAAUGAGUUUGGAAAACAUCUGUCAGCUGCUUUUCUGAAGGCAGGAGAUGGGAAACUAAUCUCACAAGCUCUCUUUUCUUUAAAGCAAGUGGUGUCUUCUCUGUCAUUCUAUGAUCAUUGACUGAAAUCAGUUAUUUGGGUAAGGUAUGGCUUUCCUGGGGAUACAGACACUUGUAUGUGCUGCAAUUCCACUGCUAUACAGUGCUCUCUCAGUCUCUUGCCCAAAAUCUGGCUCCACAGGUUUCCCUGUAAUUUGAGAUUAAUUUUUCCCAGAGUUUUCUCUGCAAGCAUUCUGGCCAAUGGGCCAUGUCCUCAGGGACAUACAACAGUGACUAUAAAUAGGCCAACACAUUUUGGGAGGGCUUAAUAAACAAUAUUUCUUAAGGCAGUUAGGAAAAGAAAUUUCAUUCUGAUUUGGCUCCAAAAAGAUCUCUGCUUUGAUCUCCUGACCAGCCUGUUGGGUUCAAGGUGACUUCUGUUCUACAGUGCAACUUUGUUAUUGGCAUUUAACAAUCCUCCAUCCUGUUUAGGACUCAACUUCCACAGCAGAUCUGCCAGUCCCUGAAUUUCUGUCUGUCCAGUUGAAUCUGUCAUUCAGAGAGUGAAAUUAAAAAGCGUAGGGCAAUGCUAGACUGUUGAAACCUGUUAUGCUGUAGGAGUUGAAAUUCCCAAGGUGCCAACACCCCACCUCCCCAGGCAGAUGCAGGCUGUGAGGGAGGCUCUGUCUGUCUGUCUGUCCCCCUGUGUGCUCUCUCCUUGCCUGUGCCACUUUGGCAGUGGGACGGGAGGAUCAUCUCCUUCCGACUCUGUCUUCCCCAAGGGAAUCUGAGCCAGGCCAACAUCCUCCUCAAGGCACUUAGAUUUCUUCUCUCCACACACGCUAGAAAUAAAUGUUGUGUUGUCCUGUGCAAAGCCCUGCAAACAGGGUCAGUGUCCCCUCAGUGCCACUCCCUGCCUACUCAGCAGGACGGGAGGCACAGGGGCUGCCCAGCACCCUUCUGUCCCAAGCCUGUCCCUCUCCUGCAGCACAGCUCUGCUGUUGGCAUUUAACACCCUUCCAGUCUUUACUGGAUUGAAAAUACUGGUGCUGUGUCCCAGCAUGGCAUUAGGGCAAGUCUGGUAAUGAAAAUUAAAUACAUUCACUGACUCUUAGCUGAAAAAUAUGUCUGACUUGUAUCCUGGGGUGAUGGUUCCUGAUGCCUUUGUCUAAUUUUUAUUUUUUGUUUCAGAAAUUAGCGUUUUCCACAUGCCAAUUGCUUCUCACUGUGUUUAUUUUUUUUAAUGUUCUGAGUGAGAUAUAUA